AAUAACCUCAAUUUUAGAUGUCAAAUAAAUGGUAUAAAUUUUCAAAACAUUUCGAUUUACUGAUAAAAUGAUGAAUACAAUUUUAAAACAAUUACAGACUCUCAAGGAAGAAGAACUUUAUUCCAAUAUUUGUAAAGUGUGCGAUUUGGCUUUAACCUUAGCCGAACAAAAACCGGACGUAUUCAACUUACCAAUCAAACUACAAAUAACAUUAUAUUACGGCGAUGCCCUAUUCCACACCUACCAAUAUUUACAAGCUGAAAACUUGUACAGACAAGGUUUACAAAUGAGAAAAAACUACAUAAUGAAAUCGAAAAAUGCCAGCAAUAAAAUUGACAAUCAAAGCAACAUAAUGAGCGACGUGGAUAUCAAAUAUCAGAUACAUUUAUGCUGCAUGGCUUUGAAACAAAAAAACGCCGCCGGUGAGAUUUUACAGAUGAUUUCGGCGAGGCAUAGGACUCCUAAGGUUAAUAUGGCUUUGGGGAAUAUUUAUAAGGAUAUAGGAAUGGAGAGAUCAGCUAUUACUUGUUUUAAGGAAGUGUUGAGAGAGUGUCCUUUGGCUUUAGAGGCUGUGGAAAAUCUUCUCAAACUUGGAGUAAAGGGCAUUGAAGUAAACUCGCUAAUGAUUCAAGUUACAUCGGAUAUCAGCUGGUUGAGCCAGUGGAUUAAGGCUCAAGCUCAGUUGCAUUCUAAAGAUUUCGCUGGCGCUUUAAAGACUUACAAAAGUAUGGACGUUCAUGGUUUAUUAAAAGAUAACACUUCUUUAUUAGUCAACGUGGCUUAUUGCUACCAUUACAUGUGCGAAGACGCCAAAGCCAUAUCUAUAUUACAAAAGGCUUUACGAUUAGAUCCUUGCUUAGUAACAGGAAGAGAUUUGCUAUCGACUUUAUUAGCAGCUUCUGGUACGAAAGAGCACAUAAGGGCUUUGGAAGGUUUGACGCCGAUGAUGGACAUGUCUCUUUGGAGCGCCGAGCACUGGGUGGUUUUAGGAAAUUACAUGUACUCGUUGAAAAAAUACGAUAAAGCCGCGUAUUUCGGUCAGCAAGCUUGUCACAUAGAUAGACGGAACGUCGAAGCUUUGCUGUUGAAAGCUAACACUUUGUUGCAAAUUAAGAAAUACCAAGAUGCUACUACUCAUUGUUCGGAAGCUUUACAAAUAUGCAAUUUUAGGUAUGAUAUACAUAAAUGUUUAGUCGAAUGUUAUAUUCAAACUAGUAGAUUGAGAGAAGCGGAAUCUAUGGCUCUCAAUGCUUGUAAGCAAAUGAAUUUUACUGCACAGGGAUAUUGUCUACACGCUUCGGUUCUACUCAAAGACCCGAUGGCGUCCGGCAAAACGGUCCGUAGAACUCUCGAGAAAGCCGUUUCGCACGACAAAACCAGCUCGACCAACGCCUUGUUUAUGCUAGUCGAAUUCCUAGAAGGCGAACAACAAUACGACCAAGCGUCGCAACUUUUACUCAAACACUUAGAAACUCAAAAACCUUCGUCUAGGCUACACCAACUUUUAGGCGAUUGUUUCGUCAAUCUUCAAAAGGACGAUGAGGCGUUCGAUCAUUAUAAUCUCGCUCUUAAUUUGGAUCCGACGAAUCAAAGAGCGACCGAAGGGUUGAACAACAUCGGAAGGAGUUUGUCGCUUAGUAAACGAGAUAGUUAUUAUACUUGCGUGGGGGGAGAGACGUCGUAUAAUUCGCAGGGGACGAAUUCGUCUGAUCACGAAGUUGAUCCGGAAAGUGAUACGGACGGUACUUGGCCUAUUUUGGGGUUUGAUAAUGGACUUAUGUUGGCAUCCAACUUUAUUUAAAAUCUAGAAAAGCGAAAAAUUAAAUGAAUAUAGAAAUGGGAAGGAAGUCCGAAAUUCUACAAUCGCCCUAUGAUUCUUGCAAAAUAGCAGCACACAAACAAAAAGUAGAAGUUCCAUCAACCAGCAAUAAAAUUCUUGUGCCACUACAUAUGUAAGAAUGAUUUAUUCAGCUUUGAGAAAAAAUAUCAUUAAUCCCAAUUUUUCCAAUUUGUUUUGCUUUUUACUCUUUGGCAGCUACCUAUCUCUUUAUGUAAACGACAUUGCCUUAAUUUAGUUGAAAAUCACGCAUUGAAGUUGUAGUGAUAGAAACGAAACACUGCAAAUUUUAUAUUGUGAAUUUGUUAAGGCUUUAAAUGAAAUGAGAGCAUUUACAGAUAAUCUUGAAUAUUCAAAAAGACCUGCUUGUAAUUUAUAUGGUUAAUUUUGUUUCGUUAUGUAAUAUCUAAACGUUUUAUAUGAUUUAAAUGCCUUUAUUAUUAAGUUUAUCAAUUCUGUAACUGAAAAUGUCGAGCACUGUUACAUUUGCUAAGAAAUUCAUAGACUUUUUUUUAAUUAUCUAAAAUUGUUUUUUUGCUAUGACUUCUUAAUUUUAAUGAAAUUAUUGUUUUCUGCAGUGCUGACAAGAUAAAACUUUCGGUCCCAUUUUGUUAAUUUUGGCGUUCGUGUGCAGGGCCGCUGAGAGCCAUGACGGGACCCGGAGCAAAACACUGGCAAGGGCCUGUCCCCCACAUAUUAUAACUUAUAACCUAUUUUUUAUAGCUGCCUGGGCUCUGAGGAUUUUGCUUCCCUUGCCCUUGCCAACCCCUCUCGACGGGCCUGUUCGCAUGUGCAGAAGAGGAAAGAAUGCAUAGUAUCGACGUUGCCAGUGACAAGAUGGUAGCUCUCACUAUCAAUUAACGACUCUACUUGUGAUUAACAACAUUGAUACUGCUUCGUUUCUUUUCCUUACAUGUCUGAACGUCAUUAUUCACUAAUCAAACCAGCAAAGCAGGGUAUCUUUAUUGUGUUUGUCAAUAUUUAAAUGUACAAUUUCUGUGUAUUAUGUAUUUGUUUACAAAUAAAACAUCUUUAAUCGA